CGAAGGGAUGAGUGUCUUGAAUUAUUUUCCUUCCUUUUCGGCUUUGCCUUUGGAUUUCUUUGUCAACAUUUUUUUUAUUUAUCUGUGCUAUGUUUGAUAAGGGGAGUCAUACCGGAUAUGAUAUGAUUAAUUUAUCAAGGUUUCGUAUGAUAGAAGUGAAUGCAAGAUAAAUUCAUUCGUUUGCCCCCCGAGUUGAUAAUAUUUUUGUUUCGUUUUUAAUUUCCAAUAGUAUUCCUCUUCAAUGUUUGUUGGUUAUCAGAAUCUCCUAUUUCACCCAGCCUCAUAAUAAUUAAAACUAUUUUUGCCUCAUAUCUGCCAGUGCGCUUGAGCAAAGCAUCUCCGUUCGGUGGAAAAGCGUCAAGUGUAUCACCAAUACGCACAAUAAAUCCAUCCUUCCAGAAGGAUCAUCAGCGCUUAUCAAACUUCUCCCGUUACCCCAUACAAAUCCAACGUUUUCUGGUGUGUACUAGCUGAUUUCCCCCAUAUUUCCAAUCAACCCCAAACUGACCCCAAACUUGUCAGCCCACGUACAUUCUGCGGUAGUACCAAAAAAAAUACAUAAAGGUCCAAGGUCUCUCGACCUUUUCGCCCAUAUCUAAGCCAGAUCUUCACUCCAACCUUUUCCACCUUCACAUACAAGCGUCGUCUCCAUAGACCUCAGCAUACACCAAUACUUCUUUAAUCAAAGCUUAAUAUUAAUCGACUUCACACAAUACUCAACAUGCCUUCUCAGUCAUCAACCACCACAAUGGCUGUGCCCGUUCCUCGUCGCCGUCUCUCUCCACUUCUUACCUCUUCCACCUUUGGCGAAGACGUCAGUUUCCAUCUUGACACUUUCAAGGCCAACGACGCCAAAAACAAAACUCCAUACGCCUUCCUCGAGAAUGAUUACGCUCCACCUGCUCCUCCGCCACCGAGCCCAAUCAACUUUCCGGCCGAAAGUUGGAGCACCGCUUGCCGAAGAUAGAUUCUUCUCUCUUCACUAUCACAAAUAUCUGGGAGUUGCAUGAGAGGAUUGUACGUUAUCACGCAUGUAAUCAAGUGAGGGUGAGGAUACAUACAUUCAAUGUAUCUUCUUCAGCACUCAUGACUACCCCUGCAUUUCGAUUUUGCGUUUUGAAUUUCGGCUUUGAUUCCAUCAUACAUCAGCAAUAGUUUCUUGGCUCGUUCGCAACAGGAAGCAUAUGGCAUAUGGCAGACAAUAUUUCGUUCAUCGACUGGACAUAAUUCCUUCAUACGACAUUCCGUACUCCAUCUCCAUGUGAGCAAGGACAACAGUUACAAAAACCUGGAUAGGGCAUCGCUCACGCGUGCAUUGGGAUUUUCAUCAGGAGUUAUAAAAAUGGAGGCUAUUAUAAUGGUUUAUUCGAUUCAUUCCUUGGAUACCUUAGCAGAAUAUGACCUUUUAGUUAAUGGGAUUUGCUUCUUUGGCUCUGCUUUCACGCUGCUGGCAUGAGCGUUUAUACAUUUGGGGGAGUAAGGAAAUGGAAUGGAACUUGGAUGUUUGGAUGGAUAAGGGCAUUGUACAUUAUAGAGGUCUCUUUGAGGUAGGCUAUGAUUUGAAAGCUCUGAUUUUUCCCCUAGGAAAUGAGAUACCUU